AUGGGUGGCGGACGCAUCGACUGCUACAUCGACAUAGCCUCUGUCUUCAGCUAUGCCGCCUUUGUCGACCUACUGGCCAACCGCAGCAAGCUAGAAGCCAAUGGAGUUCAGGUCGAAAUCCAUCCCGUUUUUCUCGGCGGCAUCAUGCAGGGAUCCGGCAACACACCCCCUUGGACUCUCCAGGGCAAAGCCAAGUACCUCUCGUACGAUGUUCCUCGCACCAUGGCUGCCCGCAACAUCACCGGUUGGGGCACUCCCCCGAACCUCUUCGAGCUCGCCCGAACCAUGUCUCCCCUGCGCGCUCUGCUCUACAUCAAAGAGCACUUCCCGCCUGCCGCUUUCGACGCCACCAUGCUCCUCCUCUUCACCAAGUUCUGGACCCCGCCGCACGUCAGUCUCGCCGACGACGCAAAUCUCGCCGCCGCCCUGGCCGAGGUGACUAUGGGCGGCGGCGACGACGACAAACGCAAGCUCUUUUCCGACGACGACGUCCGCGCCAUCAUGGAGGGUCGCGGCGGCAUGAGGGACCGCCUCAAGCAGGAGACCGGUCGGGCCCUCGAGCUGGGCGCGUUUGGGACCCCCUGGAUCUGGGUGACCAACGCUGACGGCCAGUCGGAGCCCUUCUUUGGGAGCGAUCGGUGGGUUGAGCUCGCCGUCGGACGGGACAACGCAAAAGUAGCUAACAUGGCAUGGAUGCAGCUUCGGCCAGAUAUAUUCAUUUCUCGGCAUCGCUUUUCAGGACGUGCAGGUGCUGCUGCCGACGGCCAAGCUGUGAAAUUGCUGGCCAGAAUGCCGAUUCUGCGCAUAGAGAUGUAA